AGCUGAUAGGCAGGCGAUACCGAGAUAGCCGAAGCUAAGAAUUGAGAAAGAAUGGCGGGGCUCUACGAGAAGCCGUCGGAGACGUACGCCAAGAAGCGUCCGCAGUACCCCAAGGAGUGGUUCUCCAUGCUGGCCGGCCUCACCGCGGGGCACCAGCGCGCCUGGGACGCCGGGUGCGGCACCGGCCAGGCCGCCAUCGGAAUGGCGGAGCACUACGAGAGCGUGGUGGCGACGGACGUGAGCGAGGGCCAGAUCCAGCACGCCAUCGCGCACCCGAAGGUGCGGUACCUCCAGACCCCGGAGCACCUGUCGGAGGACGAGGUGGUGUCCCUGGUCGGCGGCGAGGGCUCCCUGGACCUGGUCGUGGUGGCCACCUCCAUCCACUGGUUCGACGUCCCGCUCUUCUACGCCGUGGUGAAGCGCGCCCUGAGGAAGCCCGGCGGCGUGCUCGCCGUGUGGGGCUACAACUACGAGAUCCACCCGUUCGAGGACGCGCUGCACGGCCAGCUCUACCCGGCCCUGCGGCCGUACCAGGACCCGCGGGCGGUGCUGGCCAUGGAGCGGUACCGGUGCCUGCCGUUCCCGUUCGAGCCCGUCGGGGUGGGCGCCGAGGGCGCGCCCGCCGAUGUGGACAUGGAGGUGGAGAUGACGCUGGAGGACCUGGUCGGGUUCCUGAACACCGGCUCCGUGGUGACCACGGCGAGGGCGAAGGGCGCGGACCUGGAGGCGGUCUGCAGGGACGCGCUGAAGCGGGUGGAGGACGAGUGGGCCGGCGCGCCCACCGUACCCAGGAAGCUCGUGUUCAAGGCGUUCAUGCUCGCCGGGAGGCCCCCAAGUGCUGAAAAGCGAUCAUACCGAACCGAAGCACCGAGCUGCUGAUUGGUGGUUGUUGAUCAGUACUGCCUUUCAUUUGCUCGUGGUGGCCGGGAAUAAAGUGUUGCUUGCUUGUCAGUCUCAGUGUGAGACUGAGACUGAGACGAGACAUCAUAUAGAUAGACAGCCACUGGAGUAUGUUCGGGCAGUCUAAUGUGUUUUUCCAUUGUGCUAAAUAAGUCCGAGCAGACGCUACGGGCUAAUUACAUGUGAAAUUAUGAAUUAUGCAUGUUUGUUC